GUUGCUCCGUGUGCGGCUGCUGUGUGAGGAGCGGAGCAGAGUGAUGGGAGGCAGCAGGUGAAGGUGCUGCACGGAGAGAAGAGCACCGCGGCCGGGGCAGGACAGAUGUGAAGGAUGACGUCUUGCUCAGAGAUCUGUGGGUCGGAGUAUGCUGACCAGGGCCUGGGGCCAGUCCGGGGACCUCAGCGCUAUGGUGUGCGCUCCUACCUGCAUCAGUUCUAUGAGGAUUGCACCGCGUCCAUCUGGGAGCGCGAUGAGGAUUUUCAGAUGCAGAGAUCGCCGAACAGGUGGAGCUCUGUCCUCUGGAAGGUCUGUCUCGCGCUGGGGGCUUUGAUUCUGGUCGCCGGUUUGUCAGUGCUCUUGGUGGGCUAUGCCACCCCACCCCGGCUGGAGGCCUUUGGCGAAGACGAGUUGCUCUUUGUGGACGGCCGAGCUGUGCGCUUCAACCGUGCCCUGGACGCCUGCAAGCUGGCUGGCGCUGUGCUCUUCUGCGUGGGUGGCAGUGGCAUGGCUGUGGGCCUCUUGCUGGCCGCCUGUACUCAGGGCGGCUCCAAAGAGGAGCUCCGGCUCCAGCAGCGCUUCAAAGAGCGACUGGCGGAAAUCCAGGCCUCAGUGCAGCCGGUGACCCGCGCACCCACACCUGGAGAGGCCAAAGUGCCCGUCACUCUGUCCAAGGUCCAGAACGUCCAGCCCGGGGCUGAGACCUGACCUGAGCUCUGACCCAGUCCCUCCCAUCACCAGAGAGAUGGUCCAGAGCAAGCUCGUAGUGAGACGCUACACAACCGUUCCAGGUCCAGUAGAGCUAGAAAACACUGCAGCUAUCCUGAUGAAUAUUGUCAGUCUAUAUCAAGAGUAUUUCUGGUUAUUGAGGUAUUAUAGAUCACUUGUUAAACUGGUGCUCUUCAAUCUAUACUAGACAGCACAGACACACUCAUGCGUGGAGAUGACUGCUAGCAGUGGUCAAAUAAAA